UUCCCUUUUUCCUUCGUCAGUAUCGCACCACUGAACUGUUGGAAAACCACUCGUGAAAUCCCCGAAUUGAUCCUAUUGUCCAUUCAUCCCGAUUCCGUCAACAUCUACGCCGUCAAUCCAGCCAACACCAACCACUUCACACCUCCGCAACACCUCCCUUGAGCCCUCCCAUCUCCGAUUAAGGGUCGCGUUGUCUGGUUAAACAAAAACGCCAAUAUGGGUGGUUCAUUGUCGCGUCUAUGGUCCUUCCUCUGGACAAAGAAGGAAAUCCGUAUUCUCAUCUUAGGUCUCGAUAAUGCUGGAAAGACUACACUCCUGUACAGAAUGAAGAUCGGCGAGGUCGUCACAACGAUACCUACUAUCGGUUUCAAUGUUGAGUCGGUCACAUAUAGAAAUUUGAAUUUCAACGUCUGGGAUCUUGGAGGUCAAACAUCGAUCCGGCCAUACUGGCGAUGCUACUACGCUAACACCGCUGCUGUUAUCUUCGUCAUCGACUCUACAGAUAUUGAACGAUUGGGCACAGCUGCAGAUGAGCUUGCGGCCAUGUUAAAUGAGGAGGAACUUAGCGAGGCCGCCCUGCUGGUAUUCGCUAACAAGCAAGACCAGCCGGGCGCCAAGGGAGCUGGAGAGAUCUCGGAGGCUCUGAAGCUUGGCGAACUGCGAGACAGAAACUGGAGUAUCGUGGCGUGUUCGGCUAUUGAUGGUAAGGGUCUUAACGAAGGCAUGGAUUGGUUGGUGCAAACACUUCAAUCAGAGAACGCAUAAGCGCUGGCGUCAAUGUGUCAUGCAAUAGAUUUUGGUUUUGGUAUAUCUCCUCGACCGUACAUGAGUGGGCUUCUUAAACGUGCGUUCACCGCAUCUGAAAAGCUCAC